AUGAAACCCACAGUCAAGAAUGACAGUCCCAGUGGAUGGGUCGUCCAAAAGUUCGGGGGCACAAGCAUUGGAAAGUUUCCAGACAAGAUAGCAGACGAUAUCAUCAGGGCGAACUUGCCAAACAACAAGAUUGCUGUCGUCUGUUCAGCGCGCAGCUCAGGGAAAAAGGUCACCGGCACUACAAGUCGGCUGCUUGAGGUCUACAGGAGGCUCAGGAAUAUUGACGCUGCCGUCGGCAUAGAGAACACGCAGACAGAGUUGCUGGAAGAGGCCAAGAGCCUCAUCCAGGAUAUUUGCGAUGAUCAUCUAUUUGCCGCCGAGGCGGUCCUGACAACCCCAGAUUUCAAGGAGGCCCUAAAGGAAGACAUCAAGAAUGAGUGCCAGGAGCUCAUUGAGUACAUCCAGGCCGCGAAGCGUUUCAAACUAGAGGUCAACUCAAGAUCCAAGGACCGGGUCCGUGUGGAGGCUGAGUAUGUGGACCUAGCCGACGUGCUUCACAACGACAGCGCGGGACGCUUGGAUCCUUCUUUCUACCGAGAUGCUGCGGCGGCGUUCCGGAGCAAGAUAGAGGCUUGCGAGGACCGAGUGCCUGUUAUCACUGGCUUCUUCGGUAACGUACCAGGGAGUCUUAUGGACGGCGACGUUGGGCGUGGAUAUACCGACCUAUGCGCGGCCCUGGUGGCAGUGGGCAUCAAGGCGGACGAGCUCCAAGUAUGGAAGGAGGUGGACGGUAUCUUCACAGCGGACCCGACCAAGGUGCCCACGGCGCGACUCCUGUCGUCCAUCACGCCCUCCGAGGCAGCAGAACUGACCUUCUACGGGUCCGAGGUCAUCCACCACCUCACCAUGGACCAGGUCAUCAAGGCGGACCCGCCGAUCCCCGUGCGCAUCAAGAACGUCAAGAACCCCCGCGGCCAGGGCACCAUCGUCGUCCCGGACCCGGUGCUGGCGCCGGGCCAGCAGCUGAAGCGCUCGCGGCCGUCGCAGGUCAACCUGGUGCGGCAGACGCCCAAGAGGCCGACCGCGGUCACCAUCAAGGACAAGAUCUCGGUCAUCAACGUCCACUCCAACAAGCGGUCCAUCGCCCACGGCUUCUUCGCCCGGGUCUUCUCCAUCCUCAACAGCUACAAGAUCUCGGUCGACCUCAUCUCCACCAGCGAGGUGCACGUGUCCAUGGCGGUGCACCUCCCCAACUCCGAGGCCGUCAUGUUCGACAAGGCCAGGCAGGAGCUCGAGGACUGCGGGGACGUCAGCGUGCUGCACGAGAUGGCCAUCUUGAGCCUGGUAGGCGCGGACAUGAAGAACAUGAUUGGUGUCGCCGGCAAGAUGUUUACCACGUUGGGAGAGCACAGAGUCAAUAUUGAGAUGAUCUCACAGGGCAAGUCCAAUACCUGA